GUUUACCCGUUGAUGAUAACAAUACGGUGUAAGGCAAUAGUGCUUGAACUGUCAAGUUAAGUGUAGCUUAUUAAGAUUAUAAUGAGACAGAGGAUAUUGCACAGCAGUUAUAGAGGUAUGAAUAAAUAUCAAUAUCAAUAAAUAGGGAAUUUUAAACUGAAAAGAGUAUAUAAGACUCUAAGACUCUGCUGUCUGGCAUCACUAAGACUCUGAUGUCCAGUGCCGUUGAGCUGUCAUCAGUGCUGUCUGGUCCCCAGUCUGUGGUCCGGCCAACACCUGCUCCUGAUCUCCAGUCGGCAGCCUGGCGGCCACCAGUUCCCUCUUCACUGCAGUCUCCAGUUCCUGCGCUUCAACCAAGUCCUGUCCCAGUUGGGCCGCCACAGCCCUCUCCUGCCUCUGCUGGGCUGCCGCAGCCACCUAUUGCCAAGGUAUCUUCAGUUCCAGUUGGGCCACAACCUCCUGAACCUGCGCCGGUUGGGCCGCACACUCCGUGCUGCAGCAGCCUCCUGAUCCACCUGCACUGCAGCCUCCGGGGUUCCUGGCAUCACUGGUUCCACCAGCUCCUCUGCCAGUCUCUCUAUUGCCGACCUCCAGCCCUGCUGCCCUGUCGCCGGCCUCCUGUUCGGAUCUCCGGUUGUUGGACCCCGGUCCUGAUCUCAGCCACGUUGCCGUCCUUCAGAGGAGUUCCACCUUUGCCGCCUGCCUCCUUUGGGCCUCCAGAGAGGUUUCGCCUUCGUCACUGGCCUCCUGAGUUGCUCCACACGGCUGGCGAUCCUCCGAACCUGCUCAGUCCUUCAGCCCUGCCUCCUGGUUGCCCUCCACACCACCUCUGCUCCACACCUGUCCAGCCCUCCAGCUGUCCGCCUGAGAUCUCCAACACUGCUUUUGUCCUGCCCCCAGGCUGUUUGCCUGAAGUCCCCUGCAUCACCUUUAUCCAGCCUCCAGGUUCCCUGGCCCUGUAACCUGUGACCUCUUACUGUGUGAGUCUACAGCCUGCAUAAGCAACAGAAGAGAUCAAUCAUCUGAUCUAAAUUAAUUUAGCAUGACUUGAUGAUUGGUUCUGGCACAUUGACAUGAACUGACAAUCACAAUGUAAAUAUAUGUAAAUUGUAGUAGGAAAAGGAGGCUUUGUAUGAUGGAUGAAGGAACUGUGUUGCUCAGCCCCUCUUUAACUUCUUAAGUUAAUUUUUCAGUUGUUCAGUCUACUUAUCAUCGGCCAGAUUUCAAACAACGAUGAGGCUUCAUAUUGGGAGGAAAUCAACAACCUCGCAGAGUGGUGCACAGGAGCUGAUUGUUGAUUUUCGGGAAAAGGAGGCAAAGACACACACUUCCGUU